GGAGUAGAAAUUUAUUAGGGUUUUGGACAAAAUGAUAGCUCGGCCCACGAAUCCAAUGGUUUCCUCUUUGCUCAAUGAGAUGUACCACGUAACUACAGCGUACGCGUACUGGAAGGCUGGCAAGCACCUCGAUCGCGCAGUCUUUGAUCUGUGCCACUGCAAGCCUCCAUUCGGGGGCGAAUUCACAGUCUUCGCGGGGCUGGAGGAAUGCCUUCGUUUCGUUGCGAAUUUCGGGUUUGAGGACUGUGGGAUCGAUUACUUGCGGAGUGUCAUGCCUUCUUAUGUGGAGGACGAGUUCUUCGGGAGCUUGAAAGCGCUCGACUGCUCGCAAGUGAUCAUCCAUGCGAUUCCAGAGGGAACAGUGGUUUUUCCGCGGGUUCCAUUGAUACGAAUCGAAGGGCCUCUUUGGGUGGUGCAAUUGCUCGAGACAACUUUCUUGGCACUUGUGAAUUACGCAUCUCUCGUCGCUACAAAUGCCGCAAGAUACAGACUCGUUGCUGGAAGCUCCAAAGUUUUGCUUGAAUUUGGCCUUCGUCGAGCCCAAGGCCCAGAUGGUAGCAUCAGUGCAUCAAAAUACUGCUACUUAGGUGGCUUUGACUUCACAAGUAAUCUCGAGGCUGGACGGCUUUUUGGCAUACCAGUGGGUGGAACACAUUCGCAUGCUUUCGUGAGCUCAUUCAUGGGCCUUGAUGAGAUUGCGUUGUCUCGCACUUCUGAAAAUACAAAAUUUUGCAAAGACUUUGGCGCAAGGAUACAGCAUUGGCUUAGCAAACUCAAGGCCGUGGAAUCUCUUCAUGUAAAAGAGACCAACGAGAGCGAACUCGCGGCAUUUGGAUCGUAUGCCUUGGCAUUUCCGGAGGGAUUUCUUGCGCUCGUCGAUACAUACGACGUGAUGAAAAGUGGUGUUCCAAACUUUUGUGCAGUUGCAUUGGCACUCCAUAGCCUGGGAUACAAGGCCCGUGGCAUACGCUUGGAUUCUGGAGACCUGUCGUACCUCUCAAAGCAAGCCAGGGCUUUCUUUCGCAGCGUCGAGGAAGAACUCAACAUCUCAGGCUUUGGAAACACAACGAUAAUCGCGAGCAAUGAUAUAAACGAGGACACCAUCGACGCUUUGACAAAGCAGGCUGACGAGAUCAAUGGGUUUGGGAUUGGAACUCAGCUGGUGACGUGCUACAAGCAGCCAGCGCUGGGUUGCAUUUACAAGCUCGUGGAAGUAAAUGGCCACUCCCGGAUCAAAAUCUCCGAGGACGUGGCCAAAGUCACCAUUCCUUGCAAGAAACAGUGCUACAGGCUUUACGGCGAACAAGGCUUUGCUUUGGUAGAUUUGAUGCAAAAGGACGAGGAGCCGGCUCCUCAAGCUGACGAACCAGUUCUUUGCCGGCAUCCAUUCAAUCUCAACAAAGUUUACGUGGUUCCAAAACGAGUGGAGCCUCUGCUCCAGUGCUACUGGAAGGGAUCACUAGAAAAAGAAUUGCCAUCGCUCAAAGAAACGCGAGAGUACUGUCGCCAGCAGCUGGCUGCAAUGCGUCCGGAUCAUAUGCGAAUUCGUAGUCCAACAUCUUACAAGGUGAGUGUGAGCGCCCAGCUCUACGAUGACUUCCACACAGCCUUGUUCAACGAAGGUCCUGUCAAAGAGCUAAGAUAGCAAUGCUAUCAAAGGUCUCUUGGUUAAUUUUUUUUUUCGCGAAAAACCUUGUGUACCAUUUUUUUUUUCCGAUAUAACAUGAAAGCUA